AGAUGAGCUAUUGCCCGCCUCUUGAUCCCUCUUGAACUACCUCUCCAGCCUCGCCCUAUCUCCGUGGCUGACGCCCUGAGUGCUGUUUGCGCGCAGGUCCGACAUCUCGGAACCAACACUCACACAUGAACGAAGCGAAGAUGCCACUUAUGCUCGAGAACGGCAUGAACGGGCCCAUGCAGGUCGACCAGCUCGACGUCGACGACCUCUUUGGCGACGGCGUCGGCGGCCUGUCUCUUCACGCGGCCCGGCCUCCAACAAGACAACUGCGCCAAAGGAUCGAUGAGCUGCGAACCCGCGGCUGUUGCCAGGGAGUGGCAUGGUCCAGAUCCGGCGCAAUAGCCUCCGUUUCACCAGAUGGGAAGACGCUGGAAGCCAGGUUUCUACGGUCUCAUCCCGACAAUGGCGACUGGGGUCUCAGUGAGCCCACAAAGGUUGAUCUCAUCAGCAUCAAUCCUUCCAGCCCCAUAAUACACCUCGCCUGGGCCUCAACAACGAGCCCUGAACUAGCCGUCAUCGACGCGACUGGUCGAGUUGCUAUCCUAACGUAUUCCAUCACUCUGAACCGACCCUUUGCAACACGAAAAUGGGACCAUGACCCUUCCGACGACCUCCACGCCAUUGUCGGAAGCUACUGGCUGCCCCUUGCUCCUCAAAGCAAACAGUAUUGGGUGAGCCAUGGACCAGCUAUAAAAGAUAAGACUCAGUACAAAUACGAGAGCUCAUUUGUACGUGCCGGGGGCCCAUGGCACCCGAAUCCGUCGAAGAGUGCUCUGUUGUGUGUGACGACAAACGGACAUCUGAAGAUGUUCUGGGCCCAGAACAACAACAAGAUCGAAGAAACCUCACUUGAGCUCGAGAGCGUCAACUCAUCAGAUGACUUGAUCACACAUGCCGCACUCCAUAGUGACAAGGGGUACCUAUGGGUUGCCUUGGCCACCACCAACAAGCAGCUACGUCUAGUGAAAGUUGGCAUUCACUGGGGACUGCCACAAUCUCAAUCCGAUACCAAGCCGCCGCCGGGCAGCCAAGCUCUCAACCCUACCUUGCACGAGAAGCACGUUGCUAUCUCUAGCUGGUUACCCAGCGGUCCAUCCACAACACCGGUAGACUCAGCAGCGACCCAACUGACACACCUAGAGAUUUUACCGUCGGUCAUGGAUCCAAAUGGCCAGGGAGCUCCUCUCGUCGUCCUCGCAGUUCGUACCUACGUGCCAACACCCAAUACUCCGUAUCAGGAAACACAGAGUAUCAUCGAUAAGUGGGAGGUUUCCAAUGAACAGCCUCAAAGCCUCCAUCCUGCCUUUGAACAGCUUGGAAGUCGCAGGAACAGUACAGGAACUGCUCCAGCUCCCACCUGUCGACUUAAAAAGUGCGACCCCGUAAUCAUCAACAAGGCCGUUGUUGGUCUUCAUACUAUCCAGUACGGCAACGUCGUCUGCUUGGCCUUCAGUGAUGGAUCAGUGGAAUAUCGCGAUAGGUAUACUCUACAGGAAGUCUACAACGAAAUGAAUCUCGACAGAGUCAUGACGUUGAACCAAGUGGGGUUCACCUUGCAGGAUGAUUCGCCAUGUUUACAAAUGGCCUUCUCUCCUACCAACUGUUCCGUGGUCAAGAUUCAAGACGAUGGCAAGGUCAAGUGGAGUAGACUCCAUCAUCCUCUAGGAGACAUAGGAAACUCCAACCAAGAUGCGCCGUAUGCUGCCACCUUGGCAGCUUUGACUGUAGCGGCGUCGACGGCGACAUUCAACAACAUCAACUACGACGACAUACUUGCCGUCGCUCGACCUUUUGCGGACAAGAAGCGCUUCACAUUUGACUGGAUCAACGAGAUCGUGCGGAUGCUCAAGGUCCCCGUAGACUACUCAGAAGAUACCCACCACGACAGUCUCGUACGGAACAGUUCGCUGCAGAUGUGUCUCAGCAUCCUCAACCACCUCGGAUACAAGGGCAUGUUCCAGCCCCGGACCUUUGGCGGCAAGUUCGCCAUGCUGGCCCUCAACGCCCGCAACGUCGUCAUCCUCAUUACGAUCGCGAGCAACACUCCGGUCAACAUCCGCGAGAAGCUCAGCCCGCUCGACGAGCACGAAGUCGUCGACGCCCUCGCCGGCUGCGCAAAGUGGUCCCUCGACCUGCUCGCCUGGCUCACCGACUCGCUCUUCGCCCUUCUCGACGACCCGCAGUUCCUCGCCCUCCUCACCCCGCAGCACUUCUCCGAGAUGAGCACCUACCUGCAAUCCCGCUCCGACGUCUCCCUCCACCUCCUCCUGUGCUCCUCCACCCGCGGCUUCCUCUCCGCCGUCUGCCGCCGCAUCCUGCACCUCGAGAUCCUCUCGAACCGCGCCAUCGAGUUCUACGAGCGCCGUGCCGCUAUGCAAAACGCCACGGACCCGUCGUCGCAGGCCAAAGGCCUCCACGUCGUCCUCUACAAGGCCUACCAGAAGAUGCAGCGCGUCACCUCGAGCAGCCUCAUCAAAGUGCAGGAAUUCGACCGCCUCCUAACCGUCCUCAACAACGACAUCCGCACCGCCUACCAGACCUCCCUCGCGUCCCUCGCGAGCAAGAACCCGCCCGGCGGCGGCGCGGGCGGGCAAAAGGCUGUCGACGCGCAGAUCAAGAAUGCCCAGGUACAAUGCGAGCUCAACAUGCUCCUCGCGUCGUCGCCCCCGCCCGCCUUCCUCGGCGUGCUGCUCAAGUUCUUCAACACGGAUCUCAGGGCCUACCGCGGCCUGGCCGAUCCGUCCAAGCUCUUCUUUGCGGACUAUGAUUUGCUCGAGGUGGACGACGAUCGCCGGACGCUGGCGGCGCGCAAAGCCAAGAGCCGCUUCAUUGACGUCUUUAAGCGCGUAGAGCUCGUCGGUCCGCCGCCUACUUCUGCUCGUGCCAGCGGUGGUAGUGGUAGCAACGGCGGCGGCAAGGAGGCCGAAGAUGCCAAGACGGCGCAGUGGAGGCGUUGCGUGCGGUGCUCGGCCGUCAUGGAGGACGUCUUUGGCUCGCGGCCGGGCUUCACGUUUGUGUUGGCGCAGCAGAGGAAGUGUUCUUGCGGCGGUCACUGGGGACUCUUGCCCAGGGGGUCUCUGAUUAGCUAGUUGAGUAGUUGGGAUUGACUCUGGGUGUCAAAAUCGCUUGGGAUGACUUUGGUCACAGAAAGGUUUCAGUAGGAUGUAUUGGAGAAAAGAGAGGAGAAAUAAUAGAGAUAAAGUGAUAACAGCCGUCGUCCAGGAUGCGAGAUGUCACAUCAAGCUACCUAAAUUGGCCCCGAUUGCCACGGCUUUUUUUUAACUCUUCAUUCCUCGACGGUGUAUCUACAAUGAACUCUGCGAAGCCUGUGACAGAAGCUCAAAGAUAUUUGUGAUGGUGCGAUGUUGUGAGAUUGCCGACUGCCCUUCGUACGCAGUAGACAAGAGAAAAGGAAUAUCUGCCAAGCAAUGUAGCCAGUAGUACUAGUCACCUUACCAUCUCUUCACUUUCACCAUCAAGGUCAUGCCAUCUCACCCGCUAGUGGACAGGUCAACGUUCGAUUUCUUUCCAUUACUCUUCU